CCGACAACAAACCACUUCCUCGAAGUGAACGCUCGUGAUCACAGCGUAGCGAUGCCUGCGUUAAGUUUGGUUCUUCUCUUCAGUGCGAUAAUAUGUUGUUCUUCGACACUGCAGCCAGUAAAUACUUCAUCUCCGAACAUUAUCAUCAUGCUGAUGGAUGACAUGGGCUGGGGGGACCUGGGGGUGUUUGGGCAGCCUUCUAAAGAGACGCCCAACCUGGACGCCAUGGCUGCUCAGGGCAUGCUGUUCCCAAACUUCUACACUGGCAACCCCCUCUGUUCCCCGUCCAGAGCUGCACUUCUCACCGGGAGGCUGCCUGUCAGAAACGGCUUCUACACCACCAACGCCCACGCCAGAAAUGCAUACACACCACAAGAGAUCGUAGGAGGAAUCUCCAAGGAUGAGAUUUUGUUACCCCAGUUGUUGAAGACAAAGGGCUACGUCAGUAAAAUUGUUGGCAAAUGGCACCUGGGUCACAGACCACAGCACCUCCCGCUGAAGAAAGGUUUCGAUGAAUGGUUCGGGGCCCCAAACUGCCACUUUGGCCCCUACAACAACACCGUCAGGCCCAACAUCCCUGUGUAUAACAACUCUGAGAUGCUUGGCAGGUACUAUGAGGAGUUUAAGAUUGACAAAAAGACAGGAGAGUCCAACCUCACACAGAUGUACCUGCUGGAAGGUCUCGACUUCAUCCUCCGGCAGACGGAAGCCAAGCAGCCUUUCUUCCUCUACUGGUCCCCCGACGCCACUCACGCCCCUGUCUAUGCCUCCAAACCCUUCCUGGGGAAGAGCCAGCGAGGGCGAUAUGGAGAUGCUGUGAUGGAGCUGGACCACAGCGUCGGUCGGAUCCUCUCACAGCUGCGAACUCUGGGUAUCGAAAACAACACCUUUGUGUUCUUCACCUCAGACAAUGGAGCUGCUCUGAUCUCUGCCCCAAAUGAAGGUGGAAGCAACGGGCCGUUUCUCUGUGGGAAGCAGACGACCUUUGAAGGGGGCAUGAGGGAGCCUGCCAUCGCCUGGUGGCCUGAGCACAUCAAAGAGGGCGCGGUGAGCUUUCAGCUGGCUAAUGUGAUGGACCUGUUCACCACCAGUCUGGCGCUGGCUGGCAUUAGUCCUCCUGAUGACCGAACAGUAGACGGACUGGACCUGACGCCGGUCCUUCUCAACCGCCCCAGCACCGUCCAGAACAGGCCGAUCUUCUAUUACCGUGGGAACGAGAUGAUGGCUGUGAGGCUUGGGCAAUACAAGGCGCACUACUGGACCUGGAGCAACUCAUGGGCGCAGUUUAAAAGCGGUAUAAACUUCUGUCCAGGUCAAGAUGUCCCAGAUGUGACCACACACGAGCAGAGGGAGCACACCAUGCAACCCAUCGUCUUCCACCUGGGCCGGGACCCCGGGGAAAGGUUCCCCAUCAGUGUUUUGUCCAGGGAGUACCGUGACGUGCUGAGCAGGGUCACUCCAGUGGUGGAUCAGCACAGGAAGACUCUGGUGCCGGGCGUUCCCCAGCUCAACAUGUGCGACUUGGCUGUGAUGAACUGGGCCCCUGCCGGCUGCGAGAAGUUAGGGAAGUGUCUGAAAGGUCCCGCGUCGAAGCCCUGGAAGUGCGUCUGGACCCACUGACACUAAAACGGCGGAGCCUGAAAUGAGGGAGGAAGCAAAAGCUGGAGCUGUACCUUUCUACACUACAGCGACGUGAACAGCCUUGUUUUCAUUUAGGAAUUGUUAUUUCUUUGGUGUGUACGUUGUUGAGGAGUACAUGGGGUAAGACUACGUAAGGGAAAUAUGCUGGUAUAACUAUUAACUGUAAAAAAAGGAACCAGCAGGAACCAACACAAGUUCUACCUGUUCUGAAAAUGCAUUGCCUCAAGUGUCAGGGAAUUAAAUCACAUCUAACUUUGCAUAUAUAUUUAUUGUGAUCAGGGCUAAAAUCAUGUCUUUCCUAUUGGAUGCUUCGCUGAGCUUGUGUCUUUUGUACUGUACUGCAAAGGGAGAUUUCACACACAUGAAAAUAGUUUGUCAUGUCACCGUUUGACGACUUUUGUACAUUAGGUUUAAAUAUUAGUAUGCAUUAAACCAGGUCCAAGUCACUAAAACAAUGUCCUCUACUUCCUGAAAACUGGUAAAGUUAAUCGUUUAUUUUGCCUUUAGUUUGUUGUAGAAUAAGACAAAUGGUUGCAUUCUUGGUUCUACAGAGAGCUUUAAAAUGACCCGAUUAAGUGUAAAUAAACAGAUUUCACUGA